CAAGCAAGUGGACCGUCUCGGAGAACCCAGCCGUGUCUUGUCUAAAUAUAACGACCAGGACUAGCGAUGGCGUCGUUUCCAUGCAACUCUUUGCUGUUGCUGACAACUUUGAUAGCAGUGUUGAUGUCGUGUGAUGGACGUCCUACCGCACCAGACUUCACCAGUUACUUCACAUCACCGACUAACCUAAGAGUUGAAUGGACUCCAGGAACAGAUGAUCGAGGAGGAACUGUUAAUGGAUACAGGCUUCAUUACAGACUGGGGUCAAAGGGCAAGAUGGUGAAACUCAAGAUCCCUGACUCACCAUUAAUUUAUGAUAUUACAGGUCUCCAGAAUUGUGGAGAUUAUUUUGUAAGGAUGGCAACAACUACAACUUCUGGUUUGAGUCGUUACAGUAGCUUUGCAUCAGCAGAGAAAGUUGCAUCAGCGCCCAAGAAUCUGAACGUGGUUGCACAGUCUGGCACAUCAGCAAUGGUAAACUGGACCCCUCCAUCCAAAAGUGCUUGCAUUGGUGGUUACCAGCUACAAUAUGGUCCCAAUGAGAAUAGUCUGAACACGAUGACGCUACCUGCGGACUUAGACCAGUACAUCCUAGGGGAUUUACAGUCGGGUACCAGCUAUCUGCUGACGUUAGCAGCUACUUCUACGGGUGAGGUGGGAGAGGAAGCUUAUGCACAGUGGUACCAAGCACCAGAAAGUUCAUCUAAAGUACCUCCAAUACCAAGAAGGAUUCGAAGCAGCCAGUCCGACACAGAGAUAGUGGUAACUUGGGAACCUCCAUCAGAUACAAGUAUUCCAAUUGAAGGAUACACCCUGACCUAUGGAGAAGGAGUUGCUUCUGAGCACCAACGAAGAUUCACAAGUACUCAAACUGAGUUUACCAUCACCGAUCUUAUUCCUGAUACUUCAUAUGUUCUCAGUCUGAAAGCAUUUAAUCAAGCUGGUGAAGGGAAGGCAUUGGUUUUAGAAGCCUCAACAGUGCCAAGCAUGCCAGGAAGUGUGGUUCCUCCAAUACCACUAGGCAUUCAAAGCAGCCAGUCCGACACAGAGAUAGUGGUAACUUGGCAAGCCCCGUCUGAUGCAAGUAUUGAAGGAUACAUCCUGUCCUAUGGAGUAGGAGCUCCGACUGAGUACCGAGAGCGAUUUCCAAGUACUCAAACUGAGUUUACCAUCACUGAUCUCAUCCCCGAUACUGCAUAUGUACUCAGUCUGAAAGCAUUUAAUCAAGUUGGUGAGGGGCCGGCAUUGUAUUUACAGGCCUCGACAGUGCAACAAACUGGACCACCAAUUGCACCUACAAACAUCCGUGCCAAUCCAACGUCACCCCAGACUGCCAUUAUAUCAUGGAGCCCUACAUCAUCAGGUCUCACUCGGUAUACCUAUCUUUAUGGUCCAGUUGGCUCUCCAGAUAGUAAACUAACCCAAGGACACAUUGAAGCUAGUUCCAUGAUGGUUGAUCUAGAAGGAUUAGAUCCUGGUGUGGAGUACGUGAUUAAGGUUUCAUCAGUCAAUAAUGUUGGUGAGAGUCAUCCUGCUUCACUUCUAUGGUCUCAACCUGGACCUGCUACACAAAAGCCUCCAGAGAUCCCUCUACCAGCUGCUCCUGGUCAAGUCUCAGUCCAAAGCACCUCACCCCGUAGUGCAGUCAUCACAUGGACACGCCCUGCAGGAAGCAUCCAUAUUGCUGGAUACAUUGUAGGGUUCGGACUAACUGGUGCAUCACAGAGUGAACUAAUGUUAAGAAGUGUUGCAUCAGAACAGCUUGCUCAUGAGAUUGAAGGCUUGAAAGUUGGUACUAAGUAUAGAGCUACAGUUCAAGCAUAUAAUAAUGAUGGUGAUGGGCCGGUAGCAAGGGCUGAAUGGCAUCAACAAGAUGUACCAGAGCAACUCAGUUUACCAACCCAACCCAGAGGUGUCUUGGCCUACAGCUCUUCACCAUCCUCCAUAGAUAUCAGCUGGAUGUUAUCUGAAAUAACGGAACCAAUCAGUGGAUUUCAAGUUUCCUACGGAACUAAUCCAGAAGCUGAAGAGUUCCGAGUUGAAGUAGAGAGAGAAUCAGAUUCAGUAGAGAUACAAGACUUGAAGCCUGAUAGUUUAUACUAUCUCAAGAUUUAUGCAAUAAAUGCAGCUGGGAGGAGUGAUGCAGUCAGAAGAAGUGUACAGACUUUGGAUUUGCCACCUGAGGAGCGAUGUAAUCAUCAACAGCAACAGUGCACGGAGCAAUUUGGCACCCUGCCCUCUGACGAGGAGGAUGGGAAUACAGUGUGCCCAAGAAUCCUUCAAAUUCUUAACUGUCUUCAGUUGCUACGGGAUACCUGCAUGCACGAAGAUGGGUACCGGGGAAAGGUUGAUACAGUUCGUGGCACGUUCCUGAGGAAAUCGUGUAAUAGAAACCCAAGGUCACCAGCUGCUGGGGAGGUUAUUGCAGGGGUAGCUGCUCCAACAGAAGUGAUUGAACCUCCAGUUAACUUGCAAACUACAAUCGUGGAUACAUCAACAAUUCGUCUUUCAUGGACUGAUUCCAGCUUAGGACAUUCACAGGUUGUGAAUGAUAACCGCUUCUACAAUAUCCAAUAUGGAGUUGCUGGAGAGGAGAGGAAGCUUAACGAACGUACUCGAGACACAAGUUAUGAGAUUGAUGAUCUUCUACCUGGUGUUUCAUAUCAGUUUACAGUUCAGCUCAUAUUGGAUCCGCAACGUAGGAGUGCUCUUAGUGAACCAGUUGUUGAUGCAACCAGGGAUCCAGCACAAGGUGGAACCCCAAACCGAUUUACCGUCCUUCAAGUUACAGUUUCUAGUCCAACUACUGCUAAAGCUGUAUUAAACUGGUUACCACCACCUGAGACAGGAGCUCCUAAGAACUACAUUGUAGAAUACACAGACGCUGAAAACUUCCGUGACCCAUCCACUGUAUGGGAACGCAUGACCAUCCCUGGUACCCAGCUCUCGGCAGUCAUUGAUGAUUUAACAGCUGAUCAGGAGUACCAUGCGAGAGUAACAGCUCAGAUUAGUUCAUCUGAGAUGGGUCCAUUGAUGGCUUCACCAGCAACCUUCACUACCCCCGUCAUCCCGCCAUCUCCUAAUGUUGAUAAACCAUGUGAUGAGACUGAAGAACAAGGAGUAACACGUAGAGUUAACUUCUUAUGGGAUGGUGUUGUAGAUGGAGCACAGCGCCCUCCAUUGUAUGGAAUCCCAAUACCUUACUGUGAUGAUGAAUACAGUGUAGAAGAAUGCCAUGGGCUCUUCUGCUUCUGCAUACCUGGAAAGAAGCCCCCAGCCCUCAGAAAACCAAAGUGCUCUGCUACUGUACCACCAUGUCGUCGUGAGUACACCCUAGCAAGACAAGCUCUAGAUGAAGCUCGUCUGAAGGGUAUUCCUGCUAUGAGUGCUAUGUUACCUCAUUGCAGAGACGAUGGCUACUAUCAUCCUAAACAGUGCUCAGGAACUAUGUGUUACUGUGUGACAGAGAAUGGAGCUCAUACCAGUCAAGAAAGUCCCAUGUGGCAAGCAGCCAGGUUGCGAUGUUAAAAACUCCAUGAGAAUUUGCGGAUUGAAUGAAGCUAGCUGCCAGAGAUUGAUUGGGCAUUCGCUUACAGCUAAGUAUACCAUAAGUAUGUCAUGUAGAUAAGCGUAGAUUGACUGUAGAAUCAGCAAGUUUUGCUUUUUUGGUUUGUUUUCUUUCCUGCAGACUAAAGUCUGUUAAGAAUUUUGACGUCACAAAUUUAUGACGCUUCACAUUCAAGUAUGAACCGGGCGUUGAGUUCAAAACAGUCUCAGUUCCAUUGAAUAAACUUUGCUGAAUUUCACUGAAUACCUUUCCCGAGGAAAGAAUCCUAGAAAAUCACUUGUUUUUUCUCACAUGUAUUUUAAUCAAAAGUGCCUUAAACACAAAUCUUGCCUUAAUUUGACUACUAACUUUUGACAACUCCAGCAUUUUGUAUGUUCAUGUCAUGAACUUGAUAAUACAAAUUAAUAUUUGUAUAAAGCUUUAAUCUCAUUUGGAUAAAUUGUUACAAACCAUUGUGCCUUUCACUUGCCUAUAUUCAUAUAUUUUAUAGGGAGUAUAUAAUUUUAUUAAUUACUCAAAAAAUCAACGAUUUUCAAAACUUACUUUGUAAGCACUUCAGCUGUUGAUAAUUGUACAACAUUUGGAGAAACGAUUCCCUACUAAGGAAUGUAGUUUUAGAAUGCAAUUCAGUACAAUCAGAGAAAUGUUUCAUGCAUUGUGUAUUCCAUUACGGAUUAUUCUCCGCUCCAGAUUUCAUCAGUAUCUCAAAAACACUACCACCUUUUGAAAUAACAUGUUCACAUUCUAGUUUUAAUGUUUUAUUUGCAUGGUAAAAACAAACAAAAAUGUUCUACUGACUAAGUUUUUAAAACCAUUUGUUUUACACACAAACAUUUAUUCCAUACUUUUUUGUACACAUCCAUGAUAUUAUGUUUUCUUUUUGCAUACAAUUAUUGUAGAGGUAUAUAGUGUAGCCCAGUGCUGUGUUUUUAAAUCUUGGAUAGUUUUAUUGGUACUAUAUAACUACUAGGAAUUAUUUCAAUUCCAGAGUGUUUAAUGUUUAGUGAGAGGAAUAUUGUAGUGUGCUAUUAAUAAUUGGCUAUUUCUGGAGUGAUGUUACAACAUUGGUCAAACUGACAUCAGAUGAUUCAAGCAUUCCAUAGUGGUCAACUUUAUAACUUGUUUUAUGGAAAACUACAGCCAGGAUUUUAUCAUAAAGUAGUAUUCCAGGUUGGCUUAUUCUGCCUUUCAUUUAGAUGGAUGGAAAGGGAGUAACUUACUAUCAUAACCAAUGUCAUUUCAAACUGAGCUUGCUGUACUAAAUGAUUUAUUAUAAGCCAAUGUAAUCAAUAAUGCCAUUGUAUUAAUUCUCAAUAUCUUUUUUACAUAAAAAUCUUUUGCAUCUGAACAAUAUAACAUCCAAACAGUUUUAUAUGUUUUAUACAAAUGUAAUAAAUGGCGCAUGAUAGCAUUAUGCCUGUGAUAUCAAUAAAAACAAAAUGGCGCUUGAAAGUA